AAUUCACAUGAAUCAAGAAGUAAAAGUUCAACAAUACGAAUUUCAGCGCCAAUGACUGUUACCAUUUCAGAAUCUCUAAAUACAUCACCAAAAGGAUCUCAGCACCAUGAUAGCACAGGUAGUUAUACUACUGAAAGUAAAAUAACUACACAAUCGAACCAAACAUAUCAACGACAGACAAGUGUUGGGCCAUCUAAUUCAAGUCUAGACAAUAUUUACAACUCGCAAAUACAUGUAGUAACUACAUCCCUGGUGCGAUCUAGCACAAAGAAGAAUUCAAAAACAACAAGGUUUCAUACACCUUCUAUGAUAUAUAGUUCUUUGCAUACCUACGCAACUGUACUUAAUGAAAUGAAUAUUUUGGAAAGUACAACUGGGAUUUCUGAAGCACCAUUAGAUAGUCAUUCGAAAAUAGGUUUAAUUGUUGGUUCGUUAGUCGCAGCGAUUGUUAUUGUUGUGGCUGUUGGCUUGAUUGUUUUUUGCCGCUUAAGGCGAUGGGGACCAUUUAAGAUGAUGAAAUUUGUUGAUGAUAAUCAAAGUAACGAGCUUGCUGAAAUAUCGAAAUAUCAAGAUUCCAACCAUGCAUCGUGUGAUGUUCAUAAUACCAUGCACGGUAUGCAUACAACCAGUGAUGAUAAUACAAAGUUUGGACUUUUAGACGUUUCUCCCGACAAUUCAAACAACAUCCGAAAUAAUGAGUAUGCGGUCGUGGUAAAGAAUAACCAAUCAGGUAAUCAGGUGGUUGAGCAGAAUUGUGGCACGAAUGGAGAAUUUUCCGACGAUCCUCUGGAGAGUGAAUACGAUAGGCUUAAUCAUGUGAGGCCUCGAAGUGGUAAAGAUUCAAGUAACAUAUAUGACAGUGCUCUAGGUUUUCGUGAAGAGUGCGAUGCAACAUACAAUACGACAGUUUGUAGAGGAAUCGACAAGGGAGAUGACUCUGUGUAUGAUCAUACCUAAAACACACUUAUCAAUCUCAUGCAUCUCAACAAUCAACAGUGCAUACUGUACGCUAUUUGUUUGUUUGUUGAUUAUUGCUAUUUUCUCCUUCUGUCUUCUAGACCCAACAAAAUGCAAUAUGCAUACAUGGUUAUAAUUUAAUUGAAAAUUGUUAGGGUUUUUAUGUGCUUUGUAUCGAUGUGAUGAGUUAAUUCCAUUUCAACUGAUUUCGCAACCUGUCUAAACUUGGGACGAAUAAGGAAAGUAUGGGUGGGAUUUACAGAAUAGAGUAUAAUGGCUCAAUGAUACAAUAAAAUUGGGCAAAAAGUUAGAGAAUAAAGAAUAACAGAGUUUGAAAUAUAAAGCUAAGAGAAUGAUAGGAAAACAAUAUGAAGAAAAGAGAAAAUGGUUUUAAAAAUUAAAGAAUACAGGAAUGAAGGAAUCCCUUCCAGACCCUCUUUUUGGGCUCGACGAAAAAUUUAGUAAUUGGGCUAUUGCAUUUAUACCAUCGUAUGUUGAAUCCUGAUGGCCGAAU